GAGCCGGGGCCGCGCCGCUGACCGAUGAGCGAAGCCCCCGCUCCCUGCGCGAGUGGCCGGGGCUGGCCCGGAGGCGGCGGCGCGGGGGGCUCGGGGCGCGGCCCCAGCGCACGCCGCGGGGAGCCGGCUGCAGCCCGGGGCCGGGCGGACGGUGCAUCAGCAUCCCCUGUUCAAAAUGCCCGAGCAAAGCAAUGACUACCGGAUGGUGGUGUUUGGAGCCGGCGGUGUUGGCAAGAGUUCCCUGGUUCUGCGCUUUGUGAAGGGGACGUUCCGGGACACGUACAUCCCCACCAUCGAGGACACCUACCGGCAGGUCAUCAGCUGCGACAAGAGCGUCUGCACCCUGCAGAUCACCGACACCACGGGUAGCCACCAGUUCCCAGCCAUGCAGCGCCUCUCCAUCUCCAAAGGCCAUGCCUUCAUCCUGGUCUUCUCUGUCACCAGCAAGCAGUCCCUGGAGGAGCUGAAGCCCAUCUACCAGCAGAUCCUGCAGAUCAAGGGCAGCAUGGACAGCAUCCCCAUCAUGCUGGUGGGCAACAAGUGUGAUGAGACCCAGCGGGAGGUGGAGACCAAGGAAGGGGAGGCCGUGGCCAAGGAGUGGAAGUGCGCCUUCAUGGAGACCUCAGCCAAGAUGAAUUACAAUGUCAAGGAGCUCUUCCAGGAGCUGCUCAACCUGGAGAAGAGGAGGAACAUGAGCCUCAACAUCGACGGCAAGCGUUCCAACAAGCAGAAGAGGACAGACAAAAUCAAGGGGAAAUGCAACCUUAUGUAAAGCACCGGACUGUCCUCGUCUCUUCUCUGCCUGACAAGUUUAAACAUUGGUGUCAGAGCGCCAGGCGGCAUUGCCCUCCCGUCUCCCCCAUUCCUCCCUCUUGCUGCAUCUUAUCACUGUGACUGCUCUGGGGAGCCAGCAGUGCACGCUCACCCGGGACCAUUUCCCUUUCCGAUUCCACACUUGGUACGUUCUCCUCCCCGGCAACGGGGGCCAUGGUCUCGCUCUCCGGAAGGGGGAUAUGCAAUCCUGGGGGCUGGGGCUGGAUCGCACACAUGCAUUUUGGUUUUGUUUGUUUGCAGCGAGAUGAGGGAUGUGUGGGGGGAGCCAAGGAAACACUGCAAGAAGACGACUCUCGAUCAACGUUUUCUCUCUUCUCUUCCCCACUCUCUGGCUUCUGACUCCAUCUGUGGAUGCAGCCUGCAGGGAGACCAGUCUGAGCCUUGGCAUGGACACUCAGCCCUCUAUAGAUACACUCAUGUAUUCCGGCACGAACUGAACAGCGAAUGCUGCUAAUACUGACAGCUUUUAGCUGGGGCAUAGUGGGGGGCGGGGAGUGGAUUUUAAUGCAUGGGGGUCAGUCCUCAUUUGGUUCCCUAACGACGCUGAGACUCCAAAUCUACAAGCGAGGGGGCAGAGGCUGCUUUCAAGCCCUCGCAAGACCCUUCCUUACCAGUCAAAGGAACACACACGAUUCCCAAAUGGGUGAUCCGAUGUACGUCGCUUAAGUGGAGACUUUGAAAGACUAGCAAUGAGCUUUGUCUGGCCAGGCUGGAACGCUAACUGCAGCACAAUCCCGAGGUCACGGCGGCCCUGCUGGGGAUGGGGCCGCUCUCAGGUUGUUUGCCCACAUUCCAAGAGAUGCCAGGAUCCAUGCAAGGACCUGGAAGCUGACAAGGACAUCUGGGGUGGGUACGAUACCCCACUGGGCAGUGGCACUCAAAGGCGGGGUCUCUACAUUGCUGAAUGUCCUGGCUAUUUGAACAGUGGGAGACACUGAAAAACAAAAUGCAUGUGAUCGGCACAAGGAGGAUUUUAGCUGGCCAUGGCCAAGUUAAAGAGAACGAGACACUCGCCUAGGAGGGGCUGGACAGGAAUGGUAAAGCAGCGAGAAGAGACAGAACCCAGCUGGAAGGGAGUUAUUUACGCCGACGCAGCCGUGAGGUGGGAUGAGGGCAGGGUGUCCAGAGAGAAGUGAUCCCUUUCCCACCCUCAGGAUUUGCCUUUUUAUUUUGUUGUUGCCAAAAUGCCAAGCAGUACCAGCUCAGUGUGAGAGGUUAGCAGUGCGGAAAUAACUAAAAGAAUAGCACAUAUCUAGCCAGCAGUGGGGGCGAAAGGGCUAGAGGUGAAGGAGGAGGGGUGAGCGCCAGCAUCUUGAUGGUGUUUUGGACGCAAUGUGGAGCCGGUGGGAUUUUCAGGGUGUUGAGGGAUGAGGGGCAAACUGAUGGGCUAGGCUGGGCUGGGCCAGGCCAUGUCAGGCCAUGCUGGGCUGAGCUGGGCUGAGCUGGGCCGGGCAUGCGUGGCAGUGCUAGGUUUGGUAAGAAUCUCAGCCUGAGGUGGAAAGUGUGACUGUGGGGGCUGCCUUUGGAAUAUCUGCCCCUAGCACCACUGUCUGUGCAAACAUUGUAUUUUCAGGUGCAAGCAGGCAGCCCUUGGUGCACAAAAGCUGGUGGCGAUGGUGCAUAAAGGAUACGGUGCACGCACAAUGGGUGGGGGUUCGAGACAAGCAUAGGCACGCAAAAACUGGGCACCCACAGCUUGAUUACCAAUUGGUGCUUGCACUAAUGCGUGUUCUGAGCAUGCCUGGUUUCCACACUUCCCCUUUUGCACACACGGUCCCCCGUUUUUGCACGUAGACUAGGGGCCUGUUUUGCAGAUGGUUGGCAAAUCUGGCAGGAUCGCUCCAGCUAAAGAUGUCUGAAUCCCAAGCUGUUUCCUAGCCUUCCUCCCCCAGUGGCCACAGACUCUGCAGAGGGCCGCAGUCCAGCUCUGCGACAUCUGAAUCAGGAGCCGGGGGGAGGGGGAACCUUUGCACUUAAACCCUCAUACCAGAGUGAGCAAGCCAGCUGCAAUGGAUGGCACAGGGUCUGCUCCAGUGGGUACCACGCAGCUUAGCAAGACCCUCCUCCCUGCCAAAGCACAGCCGCCGUGCACCCCCCACCACUGGUAUUCUCCUUUUAAAUAAGCGCUCUGCUCCAGGGACAGCUCCAAGCACGGCAGCUGGCAAUGCCAGUACUGCAGCAGGGGGCGGCCACGGCUGGGGUAUUUUAUCCCUACGCUCCCUAGGGAAUUGCCCGAAGGGCCCCAGGUCCGACAGCUGCAGAUGCUCAGGGGUAGCCGUGCCAAGUGGGGUGACCCCAAGCACGUCCCAGCAGGACCCAAACCCCGCCCCUGUGGUUGUAAUAGGCUGACCCAGAACUCUGCAGAUCCAACCUGCGGCAGGAGCCCCUUGACCUCAGCCCUGCCACUCACCAGCCCCCUUGACUCUUAACCCUUCGCAGCCCGGAAGCUGCUGGCCGAAGCACAACGUGUGGGGCUCCUCGGGAGCCCUGACCUAGCACAAUCGCAGUGAGCGCUGACGGGGGCGCCCCUGGGUCUGCGCUGCUGGACCCCAGGGAAUGAGGCCGGGCCUGAUGCACGUCCCGUGUGCUGGAGUCUUGGAACUCUUGCCUACAAGGCAGGUCUGGAACUGGGCCCAAUGGCCUCUCCACCUCCCCCUCCCCCAACUGCCUUGUUGGGGUAGCCUGCGCGUGGCUUGAUGCCACGGUGACAGGUGCCACUGGGACAUCACCAUGGCCACAUCGAUGGAGCCAGUGCAGGAGGCAUCGUGGAGGGGAGAGGGGAGCUCUGCCUAGAGACUGGCAAACCCCAGGAGAGUCAGAGUUCAAAGCAGCACCCAAAGGGGAGAAGUUCUCACCUGACUUUACCUCCCUGAACAUUCCAGUGGGGGGAGGAUUUGUCUUCCUGGAGCCUGCAGAGUUGGGCUGCAAAUCUGUGCGGGCAGCCCAUCCCAGGACCAGCUCCCCUAGCGGGUGUAAAUCCCCACUGACAUCAAUAGGGGCUGCAUCACUUUACGCCAAUGGGGGGAUCUGGCCCCCUCCAGCCCUAGAAACUCUGAGACAGCCACAAAAAUGCCUAAUAAGGGGAUGGGUCAAAUUACAGAGAGGACAGGGUUGUGCUGGGUGUGCAGCUGGAGGAGGAAGAGGGGAGGGCUCUGUCUGAACCCUGCCCAGCCCCUCGCGCCGUCAGGCAGGGCAGAAUGGGCCCAAGGAGGACUCAGCAGGAAGCAGCUGGCUGCAGCUGGAAUCCCUCCUGGCACUAGCUGCGUUCCCUGGUGAGCUCGCUCCCCGGGUGGCUUGGCCAGGCUGUCCCCUCCCGACUCUGCACCGGGGAAGGGAUGUUCUGCUCGCCCAAACCUGUUCCCUAGGGGGUGCUAGGGGCCUCCUCACCACCAGGGGCAGCUUGUCCACUAGCGAGUAGGAGGGGUCUCUCUGCAUCGGGGUUAGCCAGUGGCUUGUUCCUCCCCCUGGAUGGGGGUCCAGGGCGCCAGCUGCUGUGCUGCGAGUUAAGGGGGAGGGGCCUCGGCCAUCCCUGGGGUGGGCACGCUGGCGCCAUGGGGCGGCGGAUUUGCCAAGCCCAAAUCCCUCCCGCGUCCCCUGGUGAAAUCUGAGCAAGAGAGCAAGCCAAUCCCCCAGGAAGAGCAGCCUCCCGCGGCUCAGUGGGAGGUGGCUGGGGCCCCCGGCAAGGAAACUAGGCUCUGUCUCAAGUGAAGCAGAGUCGCCCCCAUCAGCCUAGCCCAUGUCUCGGACGGGGGGGGGCAGCCAGGCUUGGGAUCACCCCAUUAGCCUGUUACCCCCGGGGAUGCAAGGCUGUGUAUCGAAAGCAAGACACGGCUAGGGGGACUGGUGGGGGGCCAGGCCCCCAGCAGGAGUUUUGUCGAGGCACUGACCUGUCCACGUCGCCUUGAAACCAGGCCCAGUAAUAACGAGGAGCAAGAUGUUUGUUUACACAUGUAUCUCGCCUGGUCAUAUGAUAUUGAAGAUAACGUCCUCCCAGCUAAGAGACUGGCGUCUUGAAUAUCGUAUGGUGCUUUGAAACUCAACUCUCGUACCUUGCAUUGUAAAUACCAGUCCUGCCUAGACCCCCCUCUGAUGCCAGCAUGAGAUCAGUAACUAGCUCCCAUGCAUUACUGGCUUUUUAAAACCAACUGAACAAAGAAGGAAAGGAACAAGAUGAUGUUACAAUGUAGCCUUUAUUCUAGAACUAGUCUUCCUGAAAUAAAUAAAUUACUCCUGCAUUCC